GACAAGCAAGACGGCAGGCGAACGCUGAAGCCCUCGACGCUGCGCGACAGCUGCUCGUGUCCGCGCUGCAGAGACCCGUCGUCUGGCCAAAAGACGUUUUCCUCUGUUGAGAUUCCGGUGGACAUUGGGCUGGAGAGCGUCAAGCCCACGAAGAAGGGUCUGGAGAUUGACAAGGACAAGGACGGCAGCAACAAACACACGAUGCUGCUCCCCUGGGACUCGGUCGACCUGUCCCUCAAGCGCAAGGCAAUGCAGGACAUGACGCUGCCCCGGCCGCGCUCCAUCCUGCGCCGCACAGGCGUCACGUACUGGGACCGACAGCUCCUCACGCAGCACAUCCGGCGCAUCGACUACGCAGCCUUCAUGCAGGACGACAACAACAACAACAAGAGCGAGGCCUUCUGGGACGUCGUCAUCGACCUCUGCCGCCUGGGCAUCGUCUUCCUGCAAAACGUGCCCCGCGACCCCCUGUCCAUCGAACGCAUCACCACCCGCAUCGCCAACAUCAAGGAGACCUUUUACGGCCGCACCUUUGACGUCCGCGCCAAGCCCGACGCCGAAAACGUCGCCUACACAAACGGCUUCCUCGGCCUGCACCAGGACCUGCUGUAUCUCGACCCGCCGCCCAUGAUCCAGGUCCUGCACUGCAUGGACUCGUCGCGCGCCGGCGGCGAGUCGCUCUUUAGCGACGGCGAGCGCGUCGGCCGCCUCCUCUGGCCCUACGUCUCGCGGCAUCGCCUCGCGCCCCUGGCGGAGCACCACGUCCCCUACCAGUAUUCCAAGCACGGCUUCCACUACUUUAGUUCCCGGCGCGUGCUCGAGGGCAACGCCGCGGGCUUCACAAACGUCUUUUGGAGCCCUCCCUUUCAGGGCCGCUAUCUGAGCCCCGUCAAGGACCUCCGCGGCUGGAUCCGCCCCGCGCAGGUCUUCUCCUCGCUCAUUAACCACCCGGAUGCCGUCUACGAGCACAAGAUGGAGCCGGGGGAGUGCGUCCUCUUUGAUAACCUGCGCGUGCUGCACGGCCGCAACGCGUUCAGUGACAAUACUACUACGACGAGCGCGGGGGCGGGCGGCGAGAGGUGGCUCAGGGGCGCGUACAUUGCUGCCGAGGACUUCCUUUCCAGGGCAGCGCAUAUACCAAAGGGGCUGGCGGAGAAGUAUCGCGGCGACGUGCCGUGGACGCCGGGGCUGGCGCAGCAGGAGUUGAGGGCGUCGGCGUGGCAGGACGAUGUUGUGCGGCGGCUCAAGGAGAUUGAUCCUGGUAUUGAGGAGUGA